CCCGCUACUGUGACUAUUGGGGUAAGGACUGGACAGAAACAUUAACUCAAGAUAUCCUUCAUUUUGUUUGCUCGCUGACGAGUGAAACGGCCAUUAAGUUUUGGGCCACAACGAACACAAGCACCGCUUCAGGCCUGCUACGGUGUUCAGUGGACUGUUCAGAUGAUGUCAUGGACUCCACAAAGGAUCUCAGUGGACAGACAGACACAGGGAAGGUCAAGAGUGUCAUUCAUGGAGAAUCUCCUGAAUCCAGCUGUGUGUCCAUGAAGAGUGACCGGUCAAUGGAUCAUCCACCUGGAUUCAGUUCAGGAGCCCCUUGUGCUGAUGUGAGUCAACUCCAUAUGAAGAGAUCAGACUCACCGGAGCCCAGCUGUGUGUCCAUGAAGAGUGACCAGUCUAUGGAUAUACCAUUUCAUUUUAAGGGUGAACACACAUCAACUGGUCUGAGACAACUCCAUAUGAAGAGAUCAGACUCACCGGAGUCCAGCUGUGUGUCCAUGAAGAGUGACUGGUCUAUGGAGAAGCCAUCACAUUUUAAGCGUGGACACACAUCAACUAGUCUGAGUGUCAUUCAUGGAGAAUCUCCUGAAUCCAGCUGUGUGUCCAUGAAGAGUGACCGGUCAAUGGAUGCUCCACUUAGAUUCAGUUCAGGAGCCCCUUGUGCUGAUGUGAGUGUCAUUCAUGGAGAAUCUCCUGAACCCAGCUGUGUGUCCAUGAAGAGUGACGGGUCAAUGGAACAACCAGUUAACUUCAGUUCAGGAGAGUCUUUGAUCAACUACAGAAACAAACAGGAUGAAUCAGAGUCAACUGCUGGGAAAGUGCCAUUGGACUCCAUUUUUGUGGAACUUGAGCACAAAAUCAUCUCUCUGAUGAAGAAAGAGCUGAAGAGUUUCAAGAGACUACUGAUCUCAGAUUCCCCAGCAUGCUCUGAGAGAGAGGAGGAGGAUGAAGGUCAGAGCAGAGUCAGAGAGGGGUUUCUGAAGAUCACACUGCACGUCCUGAAGAAGAUGAAGCAGACAGACCUCGCUAACACACUUCAAACCAAACUGAUUUCUGUGCAUCAACAAAAACUCAAAACAAAACUAAAAGAGAAAUUCCAGAGAAUUACUGAAGGAAUGUCAAAUCAAAGCAGCUCAACACUUGUGAAUGAGAUCUACACAGAGCUGUACAUCACAGAGGGAGGGAGUGCAGAGAUCAAUAAUGAACAUGAGGUGACACAGAUUGAGACAGCAUCCAGGAGAGCAGAGACACAGGAAACACCAAUCAAAUGCAAUGACAUCUUUAAAGCCUUACCUGGACAAGACAAAGCCAUCAGAACUGUGCUGACUAAAGGAGUUGCUGGAAUUGGAAAAACUGUCUCUGUGCAGAAGUUCAUUGUGGACUGGACUGAAGGAAAAGCAAAUCAGGAUGUUCACUUCAUAUUUCCACUUCCUUUCAGAGAGCUCAAUCUGAUGAAGCACAAAAAUAUCAGUUUGAUGGAUCUUCUUCAUCAGUUUUUCACAGAUACAAAAGAACUGAGAUCAACAUUCCUUGAUGACUACAAAGUCAUUUUCAUUUUUGAUGGUCUGGAUGAGUGUCGACUUCCUCUAGCUUUCCAGAACAAUGAUAUUUUGUGGGAUGUGACAGAAUCGGCCUCAGUGGAUGUGCUGCUGACCAACCUCAUCAAGGGGAAUCUGCUUCCUUCUGCUCUGCUCUGGAUCACCUCUCGACCAGCAGCAGCCAAACAGAUUCCUCCUGAGUGUGUUGACCAGCUCACAGAUGUACGAGGCUUCAAUGACCCUCAGAAGGACGAGUAUUUCAGGAAGAGAAUAAAAGAUGAGAGUCUGGUCAACAGAAUCAUCACACACAUGAAAUCAUCAAGAAGCCUGUACAUCAUGUGUCACAUACCAGUCUUCUGUUGGAUUUCAGCCACUGUUCUCCAGAGACUGUUGAGUGAAGCAGAGAGUGCAGAGAUCCCCAAGACUCUCACUCAAAUGUUCACACACUUCCUGAUCUUUCAGAGCAAACUGAAGAGCCAGAAGUAUGAUGGGAAAUGUGAGGUGGAUCUUCAGCAGGCUAGAAAGAGGAUUCUGUCUCUGGGAAAACUGGCUUUUCAACAGCUGGAAAAAGGGAACCUGAUCUUCUAUGAGGAGGACCUGAGAGAGAGUGGCAUUGAUGUCAGAGAAGCGUCAGUGUACUCGGGAGUUUGUACCCAAAUCUUCAGAGAGGAGUUUGGACUGCACCUGGGGAAGGUGUUCAGCUUUGUGCAUCUGAGCAUUCAGGAGUUUCUCGCUGCUCUGUAUACUUUUCUUUCCUUUAAUCAACAGAAAUCAGAUCUCUUCAGUAUGUUUAAGUCAUCUAUGAGUGAUCUCCUGCAGAGUGAAGUGGACAAGGCCUUACAGAGUGAGAACGGACACCUGGACCUUUUCCUUCGAUUCCUUCUGGGUCUCUCACUGAAGUCCAAUCAGACAAUCUUACGAGACCUACUGACACAGACAGGAAGCAGCUCUGACAGCAAACAGGAAAUAGUUAAGUACAUUAAGAUGAAGAUCAGGGAGAAUCCCUCUCCAGAGAAAUCCAUCAAUCUGUUCCACUGUCUGAAUGAACUCAAUGAUCAUUCUCUAGUGCAGGAAGUACAAACAUACGUGAACAGAAGAGAUAUCAAUCGUCUCUCUGGAGUCCGUCUCUCUCCUGCUCAGUGGUCAGCUCUGGUGUUUGUGUUACUGAACUCAGAAGAGGAGCUGGAUCAGUUUAAUCUGAGGAAAUAUGAUCCAUCACAUGAAUGUCUUCUGAGGCUGCUGCCGGUGAUCAAAGCAUCCAGAAAAGCUGAUUUGAUGGGCUGCGAUCUGACAGAGCAAAGUUGUUCAACACUGGCCUCAGUUCUCAGCUCAAACUCCUCAAGUCUGAGAGAGCUGGAUCUGAGUAAUAAUGACCUGCAGGAUUCAGGAGUGAAACUGCUCUCUGAUGCACUGAAGAGCCCUCACUGUACACUGGAAAUACUGAGAUUUGCAGCUUGUAAAUUCACUGAUCAGUGCUGUGAAAGUUUGUCUUCGGUUCUACAAUCAUCAAAAUCACUGAGAGAGCUGGACCUGAGUAACAAUGACCUGCAGGAUUCAGGAGUGAAGCUGCUCUCUGAUGCACUGAAGAGUCCUCACUGUAUACUGGAAAUACUGAGAUUUGCAGCUUGUAGAUUCACUGAUCUGUGCUGUGAAAGUUUGUCUUCAGUUCUACAAUCAUCAAAAUCCCUUAGAGAGCUGGACCUGAGUAACAAUGACCUGCAGGAUUCAGGAGUGAAGCUGCUCUCUGAUGCACUGAAGAGUCCUCACUGUAUACUGGAAACACUGAGAUUUGCAGCUUGUAGAUUCACUGAUCAGAGCUGUGAAAGUUUGUCUUCUGUUCUACAAUCAUCAAAAUCCCUUAGAGAGCUGGACCUGAGUAACAAUGACCUGCAGGAUUCAGGAGUGAAGCUGCUCUCUGAUGCACUGAAGAGUCCUCACUGUACACUGGAAAUACUGAGAUUUGCAGCUUGUAGAUUCACUGAUCAGUGCUGUGAAAGUUUAUCUUCAGUUCUACAAUCAUCAAAAUCCCUUAGAGAGCUGGACCUGAGUAACAAUGACCUGCAGGAUUCAGGAGUGAAGCUGCUCUCUGAUGCACUGAAGAGUUCUCACUGUAUACUGGAAAUACUGAGAUUUGCAGCUUGUAGAUUCACUGAUCAGUGCUAUGAAAGUUUGUCUUCAGUUCUACAAUCAUCAAAAUCCCUUAGAGAGCUGGACCUGAGUAACAAUGACCUGCAGGAUUCAGGAGUGAAGCUGCUCUCUGAUGCACUGAAGAGUCCUCACUGUACACUGGAAAUACUGAGAUUUGCAGCUUGUAGAUUCACUGAUCAGUGCUGUGAAAGUUUGUCUUCAGUUCUACAAUCAUCAAAAUCAUUGAGAGAGCUGGACCUGAGUAACAAUGACCUGCAGGAUUCAGGAGUGAAGCUGCUCUCUGAUGCACUGAAGAGUCCUCACUGUACACUGGAAACACUGAGAUUAUCUGGCUGUAUGGUGACAGAGGAAGGCUGUUGUUCUGUGGCAUCAGCUCUGAGAUCAAACCUCUCACGCCUGAAAGAGCUGGAUCUGAGCUACAAUCACCUUGGAGAAUCAGGAGUCAGGCUGCUCUCUGAAAGACUCAACGAUCCAAACUGCACACUUGACAAACUUAAUGUGGAUCAUGGAGGAGAGUUCAGGAUUACAGCAGGACCACGCAAAUAUGUCUGUGAUCUCACACUGGAUUCAAACACAGUACACACUGAACUCAUUCUGUCUGAGGGGAACAGGAAGGUGACAUGUGUGAGAGAGCGUCAGUCAUAUCCUGAUCAUCCAGAGAGAUUUGAUGUGUAUCGUCAGGUUCUGUGUAGAGAGAGUCUGACUGGACGCUGUUACUGGGAGACUCAAUGGAGUGGAUAUGGUGCUGGUAUAUCAGUGUCAUAUAAAGAAAUCAGCAGGAAAGGAAAGAGUCGUGACUGUCUGUUUGGAUUCAAUGUAAACUCCUGGAGUCUGAGGUGCUAUAAUAACAGAUUCACUGUCUAUCACAAUAAUAACAGCACUGACAUACGUCCCCCUUCACACGACUGUAAGAGAGUAGGAGUGUAUGUGGACUGUCCGGCCGGCACUCUGUCCUUCUACAGCAUCUCUGACACACACACACUCACACACUUACACACACUCAUCACCACAUUCACUCGACCCCUCUAUGCUGGAUUUUAUCUUUGUCCUGAUUCCUCAGUGUGUGUGUGUGAAAUUGAUCAUCAGAGACACACACACACACAACUGGAUGAGUGAAAUAUACUCACUGUAUCACACAUCAACACAACUCCAAACUCUUUCUAGAAAUCAUUUCAUCAAUUAAACUGAUUGAAUUCAAUACAAUGACAGUACUUUGUGUCUCACUGUGAUGUGAUUGAACUUAUUUACUAUCAGAUUCAAUAAUAAUAAAAAUAAACAGUUUUGAAAUUAUUUUAAAAUCCCAAAUACUUCAAAUGAAUAAAUGAGUCUAUAUAUGAACUCUUUAUUAAACACACGGCACAUUCAGAUACUCAUUGUUUUAUUUAUACUAAAUAAAC